AUGGUUGAGAAGUCACUUUCCCUUGAUGCUGUUAUCCAGGAAGCCGUUGAUCUGGAAAAUAUACCCCUUGAAGAAGUUUUUGAGCAUCUUAAAUGUACAAGGGAUGGUUUGGCAUCCGAUUCACUUCAAGAACGACUGGAUUUAUUUGGAUACAACAAACUUGAGGAGAAAAAGGAAAACAAGCUACUGAAGUUUUUAGGCUUUAUGUGGAAUCCUUUGUCAUGGGUCAUGGAAGCUGCAGCUAUCAUGGCCAUUGCCCUUGCACAUGGAGGGCCGGGUAACAAAACAGAUUAUCCUGAUUUCAUCGGCAUCCUGGUCUUACUAUUUAUCAAUUCUACAAUCAGUUUCAUAGAGGAAAACAAUGCUGGCAAUGCAGCAGCUGCUCUUAUGGCACGGUUGGCCCCAAAAGCAAAGGUACUGCGCGAUGGAAAAUGGAGUGAAGAAGAUGCUUCAGUGCUGGUUCCUGGAGAUAUAAUCAGUAUCAAACUUGGUGACAUUGUUCCUGCUGACGCACGCCUUCUUGAAGGAGAUCCUUUGAAAAUUGAUCAGUCUGCACUUACUGGGGAAUCUCUUCCAGUUACAAAGAAUCCUGGUGAUGGGGUUUACUCAGGUUCAACAUGCAAGCAAGGUGAAAUUGAAGCUGUUGUUAUUGCAACUGGCGUUCACACUUUCUUUGGGAAGGCAGCUCACCUUGUGGAAAACACCACACAUGUUGGCCAUUUCCAGCAGGUUUUAACAGCAAUCGGAAACUUCUGCAUUUGUUCGAUCGCUGUUGGGAUGAUUAUUGAAAUCAUUAAGAUAUAUGCGAUUGACCACAGGAAGUACCGUAUUGGAAUCGAUAACCUACUUGUCCUACUAAUUGGAGGUAUCCCAAUCGCAAUGCCAACUGUUCUUUCUGUUACAAUGGCCAUUGGUUCACAUCGUUUGUCACAGCAGGGUGCCAUAACAAAGAGAAUGACAGCCAUUGAGGAAAUGGCUGGGAUGGAUGUGCUAUGCAGUGACAAAACAGGCACACUGACACUUAACAAGCUUACAGUGGAUAAAAAUAUGAUUGAGGUUUUUGCCAGAGGUGUUGACAAGGAUAUGGUUGUACUUAUGGCUGCAAGGGCAUCAAGGUUAGAGAAUCAAGAUGCCAUUGAUGCUGCAAUUGUUUCAAUGUUAGCGGACCCUAAGGAGGCCCGAGCUGGAAUCGAAGAAGUACACUUCCUACCAUUCAAUCCAACUGACAAAAGGACUGCACUUACGUUCAUCGAUGGUGCUGGUAAAAUGCAGAGAGUCAGCAAAGGUGCACCAGAGCAGAUUCUCAAUCUGGCCUAUAAUAAAUCAGAAAUUGCACGGAAGGUGCAUACAAUGAUUGACAAGUUUGCAGAACGUGGACUACGUUCCCUUGGUGUUGCCCGUCAGGAAGUACCUGCGGGUACCAAAGACAGUCCUGGUGGCCCCUGGGAGUUUGUUGGCCUUCUUCCUCUUUUUGACCCUCCUCGCCAUGAUAGUGCUGAAACAAUUAGAAGAGCUUUGGACCUCGGUGUAAGCGUUAAAAUGAUCACAGGUGACCAGCUUGCAAUUGCCAAGGAAACAGGAAGACGGCUUGGUAUGGGCACAAACAUGUAUCCCUCUUCAUCUCUGCUUGGUGAUACCAAGGAUGAUGCAGUUACUGCUUUCUCUAUAGAUGAGCUCAUUGAGAAAGCUGAUGGUUUUGCUGGCGUCUUUCCAGAACAUAAAUAUGAGAUUGUGAAGAAAUUACAAGCUAGAAAGCACAUUUGUGGAAUGACUGGUGAUGGAGUAAAUGAUGCACCUGCCUUGAAGAUAGCAGACAUAGGAAUUGCUGUGGCAGAUUCCACAGAUGCUGCCCGUAGUGCCUCAGAUAUUGUUCUAACUGAACCAGGGUUGAGUGUGAUCAUCAGUGCCGUGUUAACAAGCCGUGCAAUCUUCCAAAGAAUGAAAAACUACACGAUAUAUGCUGUGUCUAUCACCAUACGUAUUGUGCUAGGUUUUAUGUUGCUGAAUAUCAUCUGGAAAUUUGACUUCCCUCCUUUCAUGGUUCUUGUCAUCGCCAUUCUUAAUGAUGGUACCAUCAUGACCAUAUCAAAAGACAGGGUCAAGCCUUCUCCAGUUCCCGACAGUUGGAAGCUCAGUGAAAUUUUCGCAACUGGGAUUUUUCUGGGUAGUUACCUGGCUCUAAUGACUGUCGUAUUCUUCAAGGCAGCUUUUAGAACCCACUUCUUUACGGAUUUUUUUGCAUAUAAUUUCACGAUCUAUCUUAUACCUUUCUUCUUGCAGAAAAAUUUCCGUUUGAAGCACCUCGAUACGCCUAAGACGAUGGCAUCUGCUUUGUAUCUUCAAAUCAGCAUCAUUAGCCAGGCAUUAAUAUUUGUGACUCGCUCCAGGAGCUGGUCUUUCAUGGAACGACCCGGACUUUUGCUUGUUACUGCCUUUGUUAUUGCUCAACUGGUUGCUUCAGCAAUAUCUGCCACUGCAAAUUGGGGUUUCGCAGGAAUAGAAAGCAUUGGCUGGGGUUGGACAGGUGCCAUUUGGUUAUACAGUAUUGUGACUUAUUUCUUGCUCGAUCCCUUAAAAUUUGCUGUCCGAUAUGCAUUAAGUGGACGUGCGUGGGAUCUGGUGGUAGACAGAAGAACUGCAUUUACCAGCAAAAAGGACUUUGGUAGGGAAGCUCGUGAGGCUGCAUGGGCGGCCGAGCAGCGAACACUACAUGGCCUCCAGUCUGCUGAGACCAAAAAGUUUUCUGAAAGGAGCACUUUUAGGGACAUCAGUCUCAUGGCAGAAGAAGCUAAAAGGCGUGCUGAGAUUGCAAGGUUGAGGGAGCUUCACACUCUGAAAGGCAGGGUUGAGUCAUUUGCCAAGCUGAGGGGUCUAGACAUUGAUGCCAUGAACCAGCACUACACUCUCUAAUUGGUUGCGGUGACAUUGACAGAGACGAGUGAGUCCCCUCAUUUCUGCAGUCCCGAGUUCAGUGUAAAGAAGC